AUGUACAAUACUUGGCUACUCAUCAUAGCAAUUACAACUGUUGGAUGCUUAUGGAAUUCGCAACUAACUGAAACAUCAUCGAAAUCAUGCCCAACUGAAUGCAUCUGUUUAUCACAGACACAAGUGCUUUGCAAUACUGGUGGACUAGAGCAAAUUCCAUUACGUCAAUUACCUUCCACUGUGGAGAAUCUUGCAUUAACCAAAAACAAUUUUCCAGUCAUAAAACCAGAUUCAUUUGCCGGCUUACGAGCUCUUAAAAAACUUUCGCUGGACGGCAAUAACAUAACAAAAGUUAAACAGUUUGCAUUUCGUGGUCUACCCAGACUCAAGGAACUCUCCAUACAAUAUACGCCUUUGCAGUCAGUUACAUCGUUUGCAUUCGCGGGCCUUCAAAAUCUGUCGACUAUACUUUUGAGUCACAAUCAAAUAACUCGCAUAGAAACUAAUGCAUUUGCUGGAACCUCCAAUGUUAAGCUGAUACUCUUAUCCAAUAAUCCCUUGAUCAAAAUAGACACCUCAGCAUUCUCCAGCCUUACAAAUGUAGGACAUUUGAUAUUACCUUCUGGAAUACGUACAAUCGAACCUGAUGCAUUUUUUGGCAUGGACACUGUGGGAUUACUUAAACUGGCCUAUAUGGAUCUCAAGGAAAUACAGCCAUUCACUUUUAGAGGCCUAUCAAAUGUACUGCUCCUAACUUUACAGGAAUCAGACUUGGGUGUUGUGUGCACCGAUGCUUUCACCGGACUUUCGCAAGUCGAAACGUUUCAAAUACUUAAUAAUAAAAUAGACGCCAUCGAAGAACUUAAUUUCACAUACACAGCUAACAUAAAACAUCUUAAACUACAUGGAAAUCAUAUAUUGGAAACUCCCGAUCCAAAUGUUAUUAUUAUAGAUGGCGUCGAACAUCUACAACUCAUCAACAAUCACUUUCCUUGCGGUUGCCAUAUUCACACUCUGCUGGAUGGACCUUUGGUAGAGGGUGCUCAUAAUCUCAGCGAAUUCCUGCAGAAAAACUAUUGCAUUUCGCCGUUAGAAGUAAACGGGCGGGCAAUGAUUGAACUUGACAUUGACUCUAUUGGUCGGUGUCAGGACCAACUCACCAAAGGUAAUCUAGGUUCCUCAUCAUCAUCAUCCAUGGCUCUUAGCAUGUACAUGAUAAUACUCAUAUCGACAACAACGAUUGAUAUUAGAGUGCUCCAAACUUGUAUGCACAAAAAACAUUUUAUCCGACAGGCUGUCCCCCUCUAUAAUUGA